AUGGAAGCCGACGAGAGUGGCUACACCCACGAUGAUCACAGAGCAGCUUUCAUCUUUGGGCAAGAUGACGGGAUUGAUCGGGCCUCACGUCCGGCGAAACGCAGAAAGAUCUCUGGAAAGUCAGCUCCGGUGAAAUCCAAACCUGGCGCCCAUUCCCAGCCUGCGUCAGAGUUUGUACCACUGCUUCAUGGGGUAGAGAAUGCCGAGUUUGUGAACUUAAGGCAAGCGUUGUUCGCCGAUGCCUGGACCGCCAUCGAUGCGAGAAUGCAGCUUGUUCUGAAGGAGUCAAACCGCAGCACCUUGGAUGCAGUUGCAUCAUUCGUAGGCGAGGCCCCCGCGGACGGGGAUUCCAAGAUCCGAGCGGCGCUUAUUGUUACCGGACCGAACAUCUCGUCUCAAGACCUCCUAUUCGAGCAGUUAGCCGAAGACCUGGGAGGCUCUGCUAAGGGUACCUUUGUCAGACUCCAGUCGGCGGAAGCGCCGAAUUUGAAGGCGACGCUGAAGAAGAUCAUUCGCGAUGGCACGCAACGGUCUUCCGAGCAUGUGGGAGAGGAUGCCGAACUCUCCGUAGGGAGGGAUGGUCGCAAAUAUCUCGAUUAUGACUUGGAGGCGCUGCAUGCACACGUCAAACAUCAUGAGGCAGAACAAGUCAUUGUUGCUUUCCAGGAUAGUGAGGCGUUUGAUACCGGCCUCUUGUCCGAUCUGAUCGCCCUGUUCAAGUCAUGGAAAGAUAGGAUUCCGUUCACUCUCCUGUUCGGGAUUGCAACCUCGGUUGAACUCUUCCAGGCCCGGCUCCCGAAGUCGACCAGCCAAAAUCUCUAUGGCGCCCAAUUCGAUGUCGUGCAGAUGUCAUCUGUUCUCGAGAACAUAUUCAAGGCUGCCGUGGCCCAUGGAGCCAACCCGUUGAUUAUCGGCCCUGGCCUGCUUCGUGACUUGAUCGAGCGGCAGCAGAGCCAAGUUGCCGGGAGACAGAUAUUCAUGAACUCGUUGAAGUACGCUUAUAUGUGCCACUUCUACGCCAACCCUCUGUCAGUUCUUCUCUCGGAGAUCAAGCCACAGCCGGAGCACCUUGAAGCGCUUCGUAAUCUUCCAUCUUUCCGGUCUCAUAUCGAGAAUUCUCUCGAAGCCGGAAGGCUAAAGCACGUACGAUCACUGCUGGAUGAUGACGCCUAUCUCCUGGCCGAGCAGCAAAGGACAGCCGUCAAAGUCACAGCGAAAUGGGAAACUCAGCUUCUCAGGUCACUAUCACUACUUGAUGCUAGCGGGCUCCUCCAGGAAAGCUUCAUCGCCACAUACACAAACGCUCUUGAUGAUGGCAUUGAUCUGCAUUCUGAUAAGAGCGGUCUUCUGGAUGUGAUGAAGAGAAUGUCUCCUGAUGAAAUUUCGUCGCUUCUACAGCGUCUUUUGGACACAAUUCGGAGCGGCGACCGGGAGCUUGGCAUGUCAGGAUGGGCCACUGAAGAGAAGAACUUCGUGCACGCUCUAUCCGACAUGCUGGAGCGACUUGCCUCGCUUCAAGCUCAAUCACAGCUAACGGGGAAGCCCUUGCGCAGCCAGUACAAUACCCAGACCAGGCUACUCAGAACUACGGUCGUGGCACAGAAGGUGCAACUGAGCCGGGAUGAGACAAGCCUGUCAGAGGAGGACAAGGCCUUCACAGAACUGGUCGACGCUCUCGUGAGAUCUCUGGCUGCAGAAAUAUCAUGCCAACCCGCAGACGCAAUCCUCUUUCAUGAACUGUGGAUGUACGAGUCCAUAUCGCCUCAUAAAGAUGUAUUUAUUCCGCGACCUGGGGUUGUUUUUGAGCGUGCCCUCUCGAAGCCUAAUGACUACCUGGCUUGCGCUUGCUGUAGCGCAGCCGAUGGGAACGCCUCCACGUUGCCGGCGACGUCAAUCCUGUAUCACCUGUACGGAGAAGCGGGAGCGCUGGUCAAUGUCGCUGACUUAUGGUCUGCCUUCUACGCGCUCGUUGGCCGUGGUGACGACGAGGACGAGGACCCGAAAUCGAAACCGAAAACCAAAUCGACCAAACCACGUGGCGAAGACGGCUUUGACGAACGUGCUGCGUUGGUUCUCUUUUACCAGGGCCUUGCGGAACUGAAGGCCAUGGGGUUUGUUAAGCCGACUAAGAAGAGAGCCGAUCACAUUGCUAGACUGAAAUGGCUGUGA